AAAGGGGUCAAAAAGCGGAAAUUUGAAAUGUUUUCCCGCCAUUCAACUAUAAGAACUCUCGGUGGUAAUGCACGUAUGCGCUGUUUACCACCCGCCAUAACACACCACAAGAAGAAAGAAGCUAGCAGCUGAACAUUCACUUGGAGACAUUAUUACAAAGACACUUGUAAAACCUCAAGAGCGAAGAAGUCCCCGUUCUACUAGUACGACUGUUCUUGACGCAAGCCAAGUGCCAACAACAACAUGACGGCUUUGAAAAAGAGUUUUGGAGCAAAUAUUUUGAAGCUCCAGGAGAGAGACCAGAAUAUCAGAAACACACCUUCCCCUGAUUCACAAAUCCCCAAAAAGAAAGAGGAUCUGCAUUCAACCCAUUCUUUUGAGUGGAGCUACAUUACCAAGAAACUCACAAGAACAACCUGCAGUGAAGCUGGAACUAUUGAGAAUUCACUGAAAAACAGUGGUAGCUUUAAAGCAAUUGCCGAAAAAAACAAAGACAAAGAGCUUGUUAUUGUUCAAGGUAGAAGAGGGAUUUGUUCCCACUCUCCAUGUUCUUUAUUGGAAAGGGGACCUAUAACUUUGAAAUACAUAAAAGCAUCAGACAACCCGAAUAAAGCAGCUAGUUCUCGUGUCAGAAUUUUCAGAGGGAAAAGAUCUGGUGAUCUAGUACGAUUUCAUGUUCUUGCAAGAGGAGGUAAAAAUAUAGUUAAAAUCCUGCACAACCCUGCACUGAAAGCAAAGGUGGAUGAAAUUACUGUCUGGGGUUACAAAGGGGAAAAGGUGAAGCACGCUCUGAAGAAAGAUGGCCGUUUUUGCCAUUACAUAUUCAAGAAGAACUUUGUUCUGUCCUGCACAACUACUGGAGUUCAAACCGAGCUGUCAAAUCUUGUUGAUGAUCUUGAUGACAAAACUUUCCAGGUGGUUCUGGUCAACAAGUCAGAACCACCUGAGGGCGAUAGUCAGUCCAGCAGUCUUGAUGAUGCUUACCAAGCGUCCAGUGACUACCAGAGUCCCGUCUCAGAUGACAACGGACAAAAGGGGAACCUUAAAAAUGAGAUGGUGGAGCAGGAUGCUUCAUCCAAACCAAUGCAGGAUCAUUUGCGCUCACAGAUUGAAGAUUAUGUGAAGGGCAUGAAAACCAAAUCUGAGCUUUCAUCUGUCCCAGAUCUACUCCAUCAGGAGUUUAGUCGGAAUGCUCUGAUGUGCCAGGAGGUGAAAACAAUGAAAAAACUGAUGCGUCUUAGCGAUUCAGUCUGUCAAGUGAGAAUAAAUGGGGGGGCGGUAGGAAGUGGCUUUCUUUGGUUUAGAAGCUUUGUUUUAACAAACGGCCAUGUCAUAAAAGACAUUUACAACUCAAACUGUGGCCAGCUUCAGGAAAAGGUUUCUGUUCAUUUCUCAUAUGAAAGUCUGGACCAAGCCGAUGUGGGGUUGGAAGUGAAAGAUGUGGUUUGUUUUGAAUACAAGCCUGAAAUACGGGACUGGGCUUUGUUGAGGCUAGACUCCGAUCAGACACUGCCUCCUGGUCUUUUAGAGCACUUUGGUUUCCUUCCACAUGGUGGUGGAAUCAGCAUUAUCGGGCAUCCUCAGGGAGGUGUGAAAAAGAUCGACCCCUGUUUGAUUGUUCCACACAGCCAGGUUGUUGAUAGGGUUCCCCUGAUAACCAAGUAUUUCUUUGCUGAUAAACUUUUGAAAUACGAAUCUAGUUUUUUCGAAGGCUCCUCUGGCUCUCCUGUUUUUGACAACCACUGCAAUGUGGUUGCAAUGCAUUCAGGAGGAUUCACCUACGACAAAGAAGGGAUGGAAAGACGGGCUGUUGUUGAAUAUGCCCAACCUCUGCAUUUCAUUUUGGAAGAUUUUAUUAUCCAAAUGGUGGAGGGAAAAAAGUUUGACGUUUUGAGAGAAUAUCUUGAUUGCAGCUACACUCGAGGCACCGCCGUCAAAGACGGUGUCAAAAAAAUAGUUGAGAGCAGAAAUAACCAACGGUUCAAAGAAGCUGCAAGGAGCUGUGUGGAUGACAAAGUUGUACAAACAUUCCUUGAGUUUUUCUGCCAAACUGAGGAACCUGUCCCAAUGGAGGUUGUUUAGGUCUCAUCAUCUCAUUUUAUAGUUAUCCUGGGCUUGACUGCAGUAAAACAAAGAAAUUCCAGCAGUGAAAAGCAAAAAUUAAACGAAAGCUUUAAACUCAGCUUUAAUAAAAGUUAAAGCUUUAAUUUCUGCACUUAUUGUUUACUUUAUUGUUGCUCCAAGCAAUUCACAUGCACCUGUUUAAUAUAAUUAUGUGAUUUUUCUGUCCCAGAAACAUUUUUAACCAUCACUCUCCAGUUCAGAGAAAAAAUAAUGCUGGAAAAAAUCUGUUCACUCUUGUAUAUUUUACUUGUAUGGAUGUCCAAUUCUUACAUUUCAGUCUUGACUCAUUCCUGUAUCAAGUUCUUGAAAAGAAAUGCCAACAAAAGGUUUCCUUUUUUUGGUUGUUUUAUUAUGUUUUGGGAUUUAUUUGUUUUUUCAAAUAUAGAUUACUCAUUACUCAGUGCAGUAGCAUAAAAUUCAUUGUACUUUUUCUGUUUUUGUUUUUAAAAAGCAAAAAGUGUUCAAUACUGUGUGCUUCAAAUCAUGACUAAUGAAACUGUAUUAAAAUCUGAUAAAAGUGA